AUGUCUGGCCCUACCAUCCAGAGCAUAGCUCUUGCAGCUACAAAGACUGGUGUAAAUGCCAGUGACAUCAAGGAGAUUGCUUCCAUGGGCAAUUAUGGUAGGUCACACAACCAUGUGGCAGAGCAAAUGGCUUUGAGGUUUUGCAAGUCAGAUAGCAUCACUCUGCCUGAGCCAUACUGGGUUGAGGCCCCAGUGUUGGUCAAAAACCAAGAGGGCUGGAGUGUCAAAGACAAAGAGGUGGGCCUGUUUUUGCCACAUGAGUGGUUUUCAUGGCUGGAAGGGCAUGAAGUGGCUGCAGGCUUUUCAAAGCUUGCUAGUUUUUGGUCUGAGCACCCUCCUGAAGACCCAAAGUUG